AUGUCCAGGACCUACCUCAGGUACGAGCCAGACCUUGCCUGUGGGGUCAUAGCCACUAUUGGCGGCUGUGCUGUGCAUCCAUCUGGUCAAAAGCUCUUCGUCGCUGCUCAUGACAGCAUUAACGUCUGGAGCACAACCAACGGUAUGAGGCUAUCGUAUUAUGAAAGCUGCCUUGAUGCAUCCAUAAAUGUUAUCAUUCACCACUCUAGAAAGAACGUCGCUGCUGUUGGAAUGAGCAAUGGCCGUGUCCUGGCCUUUGAUACCGAUCUCCCGAUGGUUAAUCUUACUCAUAGCUUUCUGCCCUCUAACAGUGCGAUUACGGCGCUUAGCUUUUCAGAUGACGGGCUCUUCCUCUUCGCAGGAACCGCAAGUUCAGAAAUCUUUGUACACGAUUUAGUCGAAGGGAGCAUCACAUCCAAAUUGACUGGAGGACACUCUGGCCCAAUUACGCGGAUAGCUACUAUGGGAACUAAAUAUCUUCUUUCGGCGUCUCGUGAUAUGCUAGUUGUUCUCUGGGAUUUGAGCACGCGGGCAAAGCUUCAGACUCUGGUAGAAUGCAACACUGAAGUUCGUGCUCUUUGCGUGUACAUUGAGAAAAAGAUGAGCAGCUCUGACAGUACUCAAGCUUCCGAGUCACGGCCUAGAAAGAGAGAAAAGAUUGACAAGGAACUCAGGACAGAUAAGCCGGUAAUACCUAAUCACACUAUGCAGCCUGACAGUGUCGUGGACUCACAAAGUGACGAGCCAUACACAUGGUUUGUUUUUGUUGGCUGUGCAGACAAUUCAAUUCACGCCUGGUCCACGCACGCCCUUCCUCCUAUGAGGACCAUCCUCGAGAUUCUCUCUGAGAUUACAGAGCCCAACAGUCUUGCAUUUAAAUACCUUGCCCUUCUGCAUAGGCUUGGGCAUCACCCUGAUAGUCAAGACUCGAAUGCGCCUGUAAUUGCAUCAGACCUCUCAAAUGCUCUCAACGAUGACCGUGCUAGAAUGAUUCAAAAUGUAGACACGAUUCAAGAGGCGAAGACUCUUCUGGAUAGCGACAGAAAGCUUCUCAAGUAUAUGGGUCGUAUGGACAAGACUUCCACGGAGCCCACUGUGUCCAUUAAGCUUGUGCAAACGCAGCUAGGCGCCAAACUAGGCGAGAUUGUCCUUGCGCUUCUCGUGGUGAGCACCAAAAGUGUUGAGCUGUACAAGGUAGGCUCGAUGGAGCACGUGUUCAAAGCAGCAAAGCGUAGACUUCAAAAGUAUGCUAGGCAAAAGGUUGAGAAACUGCUUGCUGCGUGUAAGAUUGACAAGGAGGCAGCUCAAUAUGAGGUAGAAGACACCAUGAAGCCACACUUGCUCUCAGAAAGUGCUGUUCUAUUGAAGUCCACAAGCCGUGCUGUUCAGACAAAUGACUUUCUUACCUCUUCACUGCUCAUAAAAUCACCUUACGGGGAAAAGCUGAUAGAUGCAGCUUGGAUUCCAAAGCAGAACAGCGUAUGCCUAGUUAGCUCUCUUAAUUUCUUAAAAAUCUUCCGUGUUUUGGUUAGAGAUGCCGCCAAUGCGGCGGUGAAAGGAGUUACUGCAGGUGGAUCUGGAAGAGGCACUGAGGCACUUCGGGAUUCCUUUUACACAUAUGAAGAAACGUUGGAAAUAGCUCUCCAAGGCCACAGACAUGUCAUUCACCAUGCAUCUCUAAGUUUCGAUGACACAAUCGUUGCAACGUGUAGUCAGGGAGAGGUGAAGUUGUGGAACAUCCGAAAGUUUAUCUGCAUUACAACUAUCUCUCUUCCCAAAACUAUGAAGACACCCACACGGGUAGUAAUUCUUGCAGGGAAUAAGUACUCUGUCGUGGCAGAUAGUGGCGGAAUACUGGGACUGAUUAAUAAUAUUGCUGCCGAGGUCGUUGAUCUUGUGGAUGCUCACGCCAAGCGCAUCACAGACCUUCAGCUCUCAGGGGGACAACUAAUCAGUAGCUCUGAAGACGGAUUUGUUAAGUUUUGGUCCUUUGGAGUAACAGAGGACGGUGGCGUUUCUCUCAACUUAGAGCGCGAAUUCGAUGCUGGGCAUUCUGUUGGUGUGAUACGUAUCGACAGUCCGCAAAAGCAUAUUCUUUGUGCUCUUUAUGACAACACUGUACGUAUCUAUUUUCUAGACACACUUAGAUUCAAACUGGUACUGUAUGGCCAUAGUAUGCCCAUUACAUCAAUGGCCCUUUCGUCAACUGCAGAAAAGCUAGUCACGUGCAGUCUGGACAAGACCAUAAGAAUAUGGGGCCUCAACUUCGGAGAGUGUCAGAAGCUCAUCCGCUUCGAUUCCCCGUUCACCGACAUCCAGUUCAUCCGAGAUACCCGGCUUGGACUAGCCGCUUCUCGAGACGGAAGACUCUCCUAUUGGGACCUCGAUAGCUUCCUUUUGAUUUCAAUCUUGGGAGAGGGUAGAUCUGGCUCCUAUUUUUCCAGAGGACACUUUGGCGAGUGCACAUCCCUAUGUGUCAGCAGUGCAGGACGCUUUGUCAUUUCUGUAGGACACGAUAAAGCAAUUCGACAGUGGAUACAAACAGAUGAUCUUAUUAACGUCCGGCUAGAAGAGCAGAAGCGGUUGCAUGAAGCCAUGACAAAGGAGGAGGAGAAGACCCUAGGUUGGGAAGAUCCCAGCAAAUUACAAGCAUCGCGUGACGGGAAGAAUGCAGGAGACAUCCUCAUGGAAGCGGUAAUGCUUGUAAGCAACGAGCUGGCUUCUAGGCCCGAGUCCAAAUCUUGUAACGAUCCCACUAGUCACCUGGCAACGUACGGAAAGCCUCCUCUAGAAUAUCUUCUAUCCGUUAUACGGACUGAGAUUAGGCACGAGGUUCUUUUGGAUGCUCUGUCGAGCAUAACAGUGGAGUCUGCACGAACCCUUUUAGAUCUCCUUUCGCAAAUGCUCGAUCAGAAGUAUCAACCAGCAGACUUUAUAGUUCGAUGCGCCACAUUCCUAAUCACCCGUUACUUUGCUAAGGCCGCUAACACCCAGGGGCUUGCCGUGCUGAUCAGGAAGGCGCAGAAACUCAUCCAUGAAACUCUCAGAAAACAGGAGGAAGAGGCGCGGACCGCCCUGGGAUGCCUGGAGAUCAUGCGCUCCCUCGAAGAGGGACUAACCCAGUAA